AAAAAUAAAACAGUUCUAUCCAAGUUUUUGUUUUACUGACCUAAUGCCUGUGAUUAGCAGACCUGAAGAACUGUCUUUAUUUACUCGAUCAUUUUAAGGAGUUUUAUUUAUUGUACUUUAUGUUAAACAAUUUUAACUGAACAAUAAUUCUAAUCGUCUAUUGGUUCAAUGUGUUGAAGGCUGAAUAUGUGCACUAUUCAGUCUUUUGUAUAAAAAUAACAUUAAGCAGUUAUUUAUUUGUUCCAUCUUUAUUGGUCAACUUAACUUUUGCGUCUCAGAAAAAUAAGUGAGUAUUAUAGUAAUAGUUAUGGACCAAUAUAUUAUAACAACAAUUUUAAUUAUGAGAGUAUGUAACUGUCCACACACUUGUAAGGUUCAUUUCGUUCGAAGCGAUUAAUAAACAACUAUUCGAUCACAUGGAAGUGCGGAAGACAAGAACUAACCUACCAAAAGUGAUGUAUUGUGUUUAUUAUACUUUUUAGCACAUUUUUCCUAUUGUGUUCGAAUACUCGAAAAAAUUAAGAGGCGUGAAACAUUCGUGUUAUUUCAUACAUAUAUGCCCUAGAAAUUUUCGUGUUUGAAAACAAGAAGUUACUCAGUUAUAGUAAUAUGUAUAUUUAAAAAAGCAAAUCUAUACUCAAUGAACAUUAACUGCUGAAUUAUCCAAUAAAAUUGUAACUAGUGAUAAUCUCUUUAAUCUUCACGUUUCUUCUAAUAUCACAUUUGAUACCCAUACCAAGUAUGCCAGUAUUUUGGCCAGAACCUUUAAGGCAGGUGGAACUGGGGUAAAGAUUUCAACCCCACGUUCCACCUCAUCAGUAUCCAGAAGUCUAAAUAUACUGAUGAAAUCAUGGACCGACCUUAGCUAGACCACCGUUGUAAACCUAGAAGCGCUAAAUGGCCGUCUCGUCCUAGCAUGGGACUCUUCAGGAGUGCACAUCCACUACCCCGCGAGGUGAAAUCAAACUCACUAAUCCCCAUACUAAAAGGAAAGUUAUCUAAUGGUUCCAGGUUUUCAGUAAUAGUCUAGUUUCGAUCGGUCAAUGAUUUCAAUUCAAUUAAACAAUCACAUACUUGGUCGGAAGCUUUUAUAAAAUCAACCGCUCACAAAUUGUAUACUGGGUACCUUAACUGUUUGGUUUCGAUUUUUCAUUAGCUCUUAUGGGAAUUUUCUAGUCCUAUAAACUUGAUAUCAAUUAUAUUAAACAGUUACCACAUUUGGAAUUGAUGUCAUCUCCGUAGAAAUUCUUCCGUCUGAUUCUCCACGUUUUUUGUUACAAUGUUAUGCAUUACUGCAUACAAGCACGCAGCCACUGUUCUGAAGUUGACAAGUAUCUUUUCAUAUGUUUGAUUUUCAAAUGACAAAUAACUGAUGGAAGCACGUCUUUGUUCAUUUAGCGGACCGAAAAAGACAAAUUUCUAUCAGGACGGACCUAUAGAGUACCAAUAAUUUUUUCAUCUCAAUUUAAUUUACGGGCAAAUGGCAUAUCCAUACUAUGAGUUAACUUUAUCAAUUCAAUUUAUGAACUAGACUGGGUCACUCGUCAAUUAUCGAUAUCACUUGCAGUCUUACAUCCUUCUACAUGUUAACAGCUUCCUCUUAUCGCUUUUGUUUUACAGACUAAAUAGAAGUUAGUUAUUUAGAAUGCCGAGUCUGAUAACUGCAGUUAAAGCAACAUCAACAUUAUGUAUAAUAUGGAGACGUUGGGUUAAGUGACACGAAAUCGUAAAUCUAACUUACCUCCCACGUUCAAUGUAAUUUGUAUUAAUGGAAAUAAAACCACUGUACCUGUGUUCAUUUUCUUACACUUUCAGUGCAUAUGUAUUUGCAAAAACACGAUUGUUUUCCAGACGAGAUACAGACAUUCAUAAUACUAUUGCUAUUAAGAAAAGGAAGUAUGAACAUUGUGAUGAAUCAGAUAUUUCUACACCUUAUGACAAUUAUUCUUCCGAACAAAAUCUACCAUCUUUAUCAAUUUUGAAGGGUAGUGUCAUAAUUCGCAAUGGUAUAAAUGCACUGUAUAAUUUAAUUCAUCAUGUAAAGUAUAAUGGUGAUGAUAAUGUUGCUACUGCUGUGUCUACAGAGGCUGACGAUGUCACUUCAACAAAUCCAUGUAGUGAAUUCAAUAAAAUCACUCAUUCGGAUGAAUUGAGUUUAUUUUAUAAAAUGAUAUGUGAUUUAAGUGUCAAGGCUGGAAUUACUACCAGUAAUAUUUACAGUACUCCUCGUAAACGAAGUCGUUUAUUGUCUUUCAGCAAAGAUCCAAAACUCACUACAGACUAUAUAUUACAUCUUUUGAUUUCAUACAGCAAGGAUCUUAGGUAUUUGGAUCACUUAUUCCAAUGUGAAAAUUUUGAACGUCUAAUCAAUUGGCUUAGUUUAAUCAGUCUUUCAGCAUUAAACAAUUCAGAUAAUAAUAAUAAUGCACUACUUAUUGAUAAACAUCAUUCUUCACCAUCAGUAAAUCAACUCUUAUUUAAUGUGGAUCAAUGGACAAAUGAAUCGUAUUAUUGUGAUGAUAAUAAUAAUAGUACGGAUUCAUCAUUUGCAAAACAUCCAUCAAGUUCCGUUUUAAACAAUUAUGAAGAUAUCAAUAAAUUAAUUAGCCUAUGGAAAGUUUCUACAAGUUUGCAUUUAAAUCUUUUUGGUUCCAAGAUUGAUCAUAAUUUAAAAAUUCAUUCUAAAAUAAUUGACACUUCAUUUUCUGAUUCGCUCAAUUCAUAUCCUAUCUACUGUCCAGAUGUUUAUAACUUAAAUGAUUCCAACAAUAUCAACGAAGAUUAUGAUUUUGAUAUUAUUUUUGUGAACGGUAUGUUGGGUAGUGUUUUCUACACUUGGAGACAGCAUGAUUCAAUGCUUGCCAACAAUGCCACUCAGUAUACAAAAUGUUGGCCUAGGGACUGGCUUUCCCAUCGAUUUCCUCACGCUCGAAUUAUUGGUGUUGAUACGUCAUUGAAGCCAUUUGUUUGGCAUUCAAUUUGUCCACUUCAAAAGUUACGGCGUACAUUAAAUGAGCGAGCUGUAGAUAUAAUGAAACAACUUAAAAAAGCAGAAGUUGGUCGUCGACCUAUAAUAUGGAUUACUCAUUCAGCUGGAGGUAUUCUUGUGAAGGAAAUGCUUCGAUUGGCUAAUUCUGUUAGCAAUGGUACUUCCGAACAAUCGAAAAACGAUCAUUCUGAGCCAACUUUGUCAGUUUUAAGUGGAGAAAACCCAUCUGUUUCUCAAUCCUCAAUUUCUAAAAUCGAUCCAUCCUGUAAAUGGUAUUGUCACGAAACUGACCAGGAGAAUGGAAAUCUGUCAAAUAUAUCGAAUCCUAGUUUUGUUGAAGAUAAAAAUUCCAAUAUUUCUGAUAAAUAUUUUGCAAAUCGUAUGUAUUAUUCGUCUAGUUGUUGUGAUUUUCUGUCCAAACGCAGUAGUGAUGCAUCAUUCCUAACCACUUUAUCCGAUAGUUCGAAAACAGAUCCUGUAAAUUACCAAACAUUAGCAAGCACUACACAAGCAGUUGUAUUUAUGAGUACACCACAUAGAGGAAAUCAAUCGGUGCACACUUUAUAUCGUCGUCCAUUCCGAUGGGCGCUUACUCCUGAAGCUAUUCAACUUGAAAAAAAUUCAAACUAUUUGUUGGAUCUCCAUGUUUGGUUUAAUCUAUGGGCAUAUAGUCAUAAAGUACAAAUCUUAUCUAUGGUUGAAAGUCGUGUAACACCAAUCAACAGAUUUUGGUCUGUUUUAAUUGUCCCUGAAGAUGUUAAAGACCGAGAGAUGGGUAAAUUGGUACGUAUCGAUUCAGAUCAUUUAUAUAUAAGUAAACCAAUGAAUCCUUCUGAUCUAUCAUAUACCAGUAUUGUUAAUUUUAUCGAAAAUCUAUCAUUAUGUAAACAGUCACCUGUGAAUACUGAUGAAACAACCUUUGUAACUUCCCAUAUUUCUAGAGUACAUUAA